AUGCUGGAUGAUUACGUCGCAAAUUGCUAUCCCUUUGCUGGUCGUGAUACUCUGACAGAGCUUACAUAUUUCGUCUGCUGGAUGUUCCUGGUUGAUGAUGAGAUUGAUCGAGUGACAGGAGACAAUGGAUGUCACGAGAACAGCCUUCUCACUCUAUGGGACGAUGUCUUGGACCUCGUCCGGAGCAAUUUAUCCGAGGGAGAAGAUGCGGACAUCAACGGUUGUGGGGAAUUGAGGCCCAUGGAAGCUUUCAGUACUUUUGGUAAAAGUCUGCAACGGGGGUACACGAAGGGUAAGACGAUUCUAUCCUAUCAACAACAGCAUUUGCGUUAAUGAUGAAUCAAUUACAGAACAGUGCAGCCGUUACAUGACCCAACUACUCGCCACUGCCGAAGGCUACUUAGCCGAGCAACGCUUCCGUGAUAAAAGCGAGUUGCCGGAUUACGAGGCAUAUUGUAACUACAGAUCCGGACGAUGCUGCAUGGGACAAGUUGUCUCCUUGAUUGAGUAUGCUAUCCUUUACAUAGCAUGUAGGAUUUUACCAGCUUACCAAGCUGUGCGAUAGGUUUGCCAAUGGAUCGCAAUUGCCAGCCGAAAUCAUGGACUCUCCGGAAAUGGAAAAGCUCUUAGCUAACAUGGUCAUUCUUCUUUGGAUGUGAGUAGCGCAAAACCAAACGAGCUACAUAUGCUGAGUUUAUUUAGUAAUAAUGAUAUUGUAUCUCUGAGAAAGGAAUUGGUAGGAGGAUCAACCCCGUUGCUUGCGUUCAGGCCUAACUAACCCUGUCGCUAGCGAGAUGGUUUCUUUGAGAACCUUGUUGUAAUCUCGUCAGGUUCGGCUUGCGAUCUCCAGGCUGGGCUUAACCAUGUUGUUGGAAGACUGGAAGAGACCAUCCAGGAAAUUGAUAGCGCGGCAUCUGCCUUGAUGGGGUCUGCUACCGAGAAUAUUAGCCACCUUCCGAAGGACCUGAAGCGCGUUAUUCUAGAUCAUCUGAGACUAUUUAUCAGCAACUGCAAGUCCAUGUGCAGAGGCAUUGUUUCCUGGAGGUAA